AUGGAUGUCGAUGAGAGAUUGCAGCAAGAUGAAAACCAAACACACCUUUUUUUACAGAGAAAACCAAGUGGUUUCUUAAUAAAAGAAAAGGUCACUACAAUAUCCAAGGAUUCUGAUAAUAUAAGGCUUCGUGACUUGAACUUUAAUCAUAGGAAAAAAAAAGAUGAAAAAACGAGAGCGGAGCAGGUCCCCAUUCAGAUAAGCUUUAAAAAGUCUAAGAAGUCUGAACUACGCAACGGGUCAGAAUCAAUUGAAUUGAGUGAUAUCAACCUUGAUUAUAUACCGGAUUCUCCACCUAUAGAGAAUAUAUCAGGGCCUGGAAAUUCUACUGUUGUCACACCAAAAAAUAUAAUACACUUACAAUCAGACGCAGACCUUAUUCUAAAAGAAUGCGACCAUAAUUAUGACUGUGGUCCUUUUUAUCGUCUGUACAACUACGAGAAUAGAAUUGAGAUCGAUGAUUAUGAAGCUAUAAUAAAGGCCAUAUUAACCGAUGAAAUUGCCGGUACUUAUCCCGUCUUUGAACGGGAAUUAGAGUAUCAAGAACUUAAAACUCUUGUCAGAAAGAGGGACUACAUCUUAUAUUAUUUGUUAUCAAAGGAUCAUAUGGGCUUUUUUCGGUUAAGAGAAGAAAGAACUUUGUUUUAUACGUACCCUUCAAUUGCGUAUACUAGUCCGUUGGGGUAUCUAGAUGAUGGGUCUGAAAACGAGCUAUUCGCUGAGGAAGAUGACGAGGUGCUUCAGUCAUUUGAUUUCGAGAACAUGUCAUCCGUAAGGACUUUAGACAGUAACGUAUGGCGAUAG